UCUCCUGCCAAUUGCAGUCCCUUUGGCUGAUUUUCCUUAUUUUCUCCAUCCUUCUCAACUUCCCUUACGCUGAUAUUCUCCCGUCCCGUCUGCAUAUCUCGAUAUCCCGGUUCGCAUGUUACUAUGUGAUGCUCUAUGAUAUCCCAUAAUUGUUUCGUUCUGGCUGCCGUCAUGAUCAAUAUGAGGCAUGCUGUGUCAAUUUGCUUUUGAAUGAUAAAAGUCAUCAUCAGAUUACUGAAGCAGGGUUAGUUGCAAGGAAUCAGAGUGAUGGACCGGUAUCAGCGGGUCGAGAAGCCGAAAGAAGAGACACCCAUUAAUGAGAAUGAGAUCCGUGUCACUGCGCAGGGCAGGAUGCUCAACUAUAUCACUUAUGCCACCAGUCUUCUUCAGGAGAAAGAGGCGACGGAGAUAGCGCUUAAGGCGAUGGGAAGAGCCAUAAACAAGACUGUGAUGAUCACCGAACUGAUUAAGAGAAGGGUAGCUCGUCUUCAUCAGAACACUUCGAUCAGUUCUACUGACAUAACCGACACUUGGGAGCCAUUAGAAGAAGGCCUUCUUCCAUUAGAAACAACACGACAUGUCUCGGUGAUAACCAUUACUUUGUCCAAGAAUGAACUGGACACAUCCUCUACUGGGUACCAGCCCCCUAUUCCUCAGGAUCAGGUGAAGAUAGGGCAUGUCCAGGACCAUCAAGGAGGGGGCCACCAAAGCACGAUGGGCAGAAUACGGGGUGGACGAGGAAGAGGAAGGGACCGAGGUAGAGGGAAUUAUAUUAAUGGUGGAGCAGAACACGUUCUAGAUGGGGCAGCGGACGGGGGGCAGGGAUUUUCAAGUCGAGGACGGGGUUGGGGACGGGGCUAUAGGGGCCGAGGACGAGGAGGCUAUAUGGGGCAAGGGCAACGAUAUACUUACGUCGGUGGGAACAUAAACCGCUAUCCUUCUACUCUAAACAACUCUAAUGGUGGAGGUCCUCUUGGUCCUAGCCAAGGACGUGGACGUGGACGCGGGUGGGGCAUGGUACGUGGUCAAGGCCGAGGCCGAGGCGGAGGUUUCAGGUCUAACGCCAACGGUCCAUCUCAACCAGCUGCCGCCUGAUAAUAAUUAUCUUUGAAUUGCUCUUAGCUGUAGCCAAGACGCAGCGGUAAUUAAAUUUUUUUUUUUUUCAUUUUCUUAGUUAGAAAUGCGGGCACGACGAAGGGUUCAAAUUAUUUCGAGUCCCCCUUGUUAGUUUUUUGGGAUUAAUAAGAAAGCUGAACAUUUCGUUCA